GCACAAGCAGGCUGAGGCUGGAGGCUGGCAAAGGGUUUACUCCACUGUGUGUGUGUGCAUAAGUGUGAGUUUGUGCAUAGGUGUGUGUGUUGGCACUUUGACACCCAAAGUGCGCGCGCGCCGUGCCGUUCUGCGCCGCUAUAGCCAAAGGAAGAGGGGGAAAAAAGGCUUAACAGAUCUGUGCAUGCAUGCAGGCGGGCGGGCGGGCAGAGACGAACCAUUAAAAUCUCGUCUGCAGAUCCUCCGCUGGUCGCGCGCAUUUUACUACUACAACUCCUCCCGGUACCGCCUGCUCGUGCCGUCGACGGACAUCCAAGAAGCGCAGAAGUGACACGCGCGUAAAAGGUGUGGAGGAGAGGGCGCAAUGGAACCGAACACGAGCCGCUAAACCGACACACACAGAGAUACCAGGCCAUUCGGUGAGGAUUAAAAAAAAAAAAAAAAAAAAAAAGGCAACAUGGUGAAAAUGGACCAGAUCUGAACUUUGGACGAUCUCGCCGUGAGGAUUAAUUGUGCAGCUCCGAGAUCUGACCGGUGGCACCGAAGGAGAAACGGAGGGGAUCAGAGUUCGCAUCGAAGAGGGGUACUGAAGGUCUGCGUUAUGGCGCGCUGUGACAGUCGCUUGGGGACCUGGCAGGUGCUGCUGACCAUCUCCAUGGUCGUCAUCCCGCUGUGCGCUCACGGGAGGCACUCACUGGCCAGGCGCCACCAUCACCGCAACCAGUCGACCGUCCACAAGGAGGCCUUGAACGCCAGGAUGGUGCUCAGCGACGACUCUGCAGAGAGAGAACACCUGAUCGGAGCAGGGCUCGGGAUCGGCGCCAAACUCCCACUCAGCUCCCACAAACACCACCAUUCUCACAAACACGUCCACCUCGAUUUCGUGGAGGAAGACCCACCUGUGGGGGAGGAGCUCACUGCCGGGGGGGCGGGUCCAGACCAGCCAUCAUCCGAUGACGUAAUUACCGUGGCGUUUCACAGUCCUGCGCCAGAUAUCGUGCCCUCUGAUGUCGCUCUGGAUUGGGCAAAAGUCCCGAAACCCCAGAAGCAGAAAGCAGGGGACCCCACUGCAUGGACGCUUUCUGAUUUUUACGACUACCUGUCCCCCGACGAUGACCUCUCAGCGUUGGAUACGACCCCUGAGCCCGAGCCCACCCCUUCACCUCCAGCCGACAUGGAGGAUGAGAAUCCACUCCUGGCUGGUUCUCCUGCUGUUCCUGACAACGUGAGGCCCAACAUGAACAGUGGACCAUCUUUACCAGCUCCUCCCAUGCCAGGGCUGGACAGGGACGAUGGGUUAGGCUUAGGUGGGGCCUUUGGGGAAGGUGGCUGCAGGCUGGGCUUUGUGCAGUCCGGACCUGGGGUGUGUGUGUCUCAGUGUGACGUUGAACCCAAUUUCUGCUUCAACGGAGGGGUGUGCACUGUGGUGGCUGGAAUCGGAGCUUUCUGCAGGUGCAACGUGCAGGACUACAUCUGGAACAAAGGCAUGCGCUGUGAUUGGGCGGUCACUGAGUUCCAGGUGUUGUGCGUGGUGGUGGGCGUGGCCUCGUUCGUGCUCCUCCUGCUGUUCAUGAUCAUCGUGUUCUUUGCCAAGAGGCUGCAUCGCCUCAAGAACGAGAACAGACGCCUUCGCAAACGCAGCAAGUACCGCCCACAGAGCACCGAGCCACAGACGGACGGACUCUCGGUUUCCACAACAGCCGACGGCUCUCAGCCAAACGUAAGGAAACUGUGCGACACCCCUCCGCCCGCUCCCCAAGCUCACACUCACAACCUGGCGUACUAUGACAACAUUAUCUGUCAGAGGCCGUCAGCAACCAGCUAUACGUGGGAAUAUAAACCUAGAAACCUUUAUAACCACUUCCAGGAUGAGCCUCAGAAGCAAGAUGACCAAGCAAAAUCCCCAAAAGCCAAGGAAGAGGGCUCUAUGAACAUCCUCAACUCUCAUUCCCCCAAGCACGAGAACAACCGCCCGGCCUCUUUCGCCCACGACCAGGGCCACACCCCCAACAACACGGAGGAGAACGCCGAGGAUGGAGUCACUAUUGGCCUGGAGGUGCUUCUCCCCAAAGAGGCCAAACUCCACCCGGAGUCCAGCAAACCCCUUCAGUAUGACGUCUUCCUCUACAAGGUUGCCAACAAUGGAGACUCUGCCUCUCCCAGCCACGGCCCGGCCUCUCACUCCACCAACUCCUACUCCACCUCUCAUCCCAUUCCCAGAUCGCCUAAAACACCUAAGACACCCAAGUCGCCCAAGAUGCCCAAAUCACCCAAAUCACCCAAACGCCCUAAGGACCACUUACCCAGUAACCGUGAGCCUUUAGCGGGGAGGCACUCCUCCCCUGGCCGUUACCCCUCACCUGGCCGCCACCCAUCACCGAGCCGCCACCCGUCGCCAAGCCGUCACUCUGCUCCUGGGUGCUACACCUCCCCCACCCGCCAUCCGUCGUGCCACCACUCUCCCUCUCAGUACAAGUGCAUGCCCUCCUGCUCCACCACCCCGCCUCAGCUACGCCGGCCCCGAGGUCGGUCCCAGGCUUCGGUGUCGGGCCACUCGGGGACUGGGAGGGAGUACCAGUGUGGACACAUUCGCCCGUCCCCCUCAUCACCUCAUCUCACCCAGCCACCUCCAUCGCCAUCCAAGGUCAAGUGCAGCCCGAUGAGCACCCGAUCCCUGCCGCCUCUGUCCUGACCAGGCCUUCACUCGGCCCGGCCCAACAUCUGUACAUUCAAACGCACAAACAUCUGUCAUCAUCUAAUCUCUCCAGCAACCUCUGCAUCGUGGCUCUAACUUUGUUUUUUAUUACUGAUUAAUAGAUCUUGUAUCCAUCUCUCCAUCUUGUCACCCUGGCUCUUCACUUUUAUACAUGAAGGAUGAAGACAGCACCUCACCGUGGACCAGAAAACUGGGACAACUCUGCAUACGCACCACAUUCAGUUGAAUUCAAACUUGGAUGCACCAAAAUACACACACUGUAUAAAUCACUGUGUAGCCGCUGCAGCCUCACAUUCACACCCAUAUGUAAAUCACAGCCUCUCGAAGCUCAGGUUUCUGCUCAGUCAUGCACAAAACGAACGAUUACAUGUGAACAUACUCUCAUAGCACUGUGCCAACAUCAGCAACUGCUGAGGAUAUUCCUUGCAAAGGUUUCAUAGAGUAGCCUUAGUCUUAUCAACGGUUUAUAUAAAUGUUUUGCUAUUCAAUAUGUAAUGUUAUUUCAUAGGCUUUUUGGGUAUUUUUUCAUGUUUCUAAUACUCAAUAAAUUGAUAAAACAACGA